AUGCCAGUCCACCCAGCUGAAGAGACCACCUCCGGUAGCAUUACCGACCAGGUCGCAAAGGACUCCAAGGACUCCAACGCCUCGAGCCACCAGCUCCACCAGGAGGACAACCAGGCCACAAGCGGUGGAUCCAUUGCCGCCAACGCACACAAGGCUAACCCGGGUCCCGUUCACGCAGACAACCUGCCUGAGCCGGCGAGCAAGGAGGAGCUCAAGAAGAGGGCUGAGGAGCUUAACAAGUAA